UUACGGAAAGGGGCGAGUGGUGACUAAUGAUCACGACCAGACGUCAUCGCGAUAUAUUCCGAGGACGUUUCGCAUAUCGAGUAACGCCCUCGCAAUAUCGAAUGUACACGAGUAUAAAAUUCAACAACGACCAAUAAUCUCUGGAUCAAAUUUCAGUCCACGUAACAUCACAUAUAACAUGACGUCCUCUUUCAUGUUUUGCACGUGUGACACGGACGAGUUUUUAAUAGAGACACGUCGACAUCACGUGGCAGUGCAGUUGGUGUCGGCAGUCGAGGAAGGUCUCUCAGUCACAAUGGUGACCAAACAGUCACUCCUAUUCGCCUUGCUGUGUGCCGGAUGUCUCGCAACCUCUCAUACCUUUGACAUCUUUGACGAGAAGACGAAUCUUGUAAGCCUCAUCCGGGCCUCGGCCUCCCUGGACUCGGAUGUGGAAACGGUUGGUUAUGGAAAUGGGACCGUAUACGUCCGCUUCCCGGGGAAACCGAUGCAGAAGAUCUUCUAUUUCGAAGGGUUCAACAUCGCCAGAAAGAAAAGAACGGAGAAGGGAUUCAAUUCAAUGUCCCGAGAGGUGUUUGUGUACCGCGACCUUGACACUGCUGAGAUACUGAGCGUCUGGAUGAAUCCGUUCACGAUGACAGCCAAUGAAGUGUUCAAUGUAGCUAACGAUCCCAUUGAUGCGGAACAGAACUUUGGCGGUACCAGACAAACCAUCCUCAUCCCUCCUGAACUUGUCAGUUUCAAUGAGGAUAUUUUCAUCCAGUUUCCAAAUGUCCUCGACCCGAAGAAUUAUCCUAAAUUUUCAUCGGGGCCAAUCUACCAGGGGGAUGAACUAUUUGAGUACUACACAAACCUGACCGAGUUGGCCUCAACAAACGCAUCCUCGAUCAAAAUGAUGGGUUCGUGGUUCAGAAGAGGAGAGUUUUUGCCUUGGAUGGAGAUGGGGGACACUCCCGGGUGGUUGUACUAUCAUCAGGCCUUCUGGAAGCUUGUCCACGGCUUUGACGACGUGGCCCCGGACCUGGCGAAAUACGUGGAAGACAAUUACCCACAGUACAUGCAUGCCCCUACUACAUUCACCAACAAAAUGGUGACGAGUUGGGAUGUGUUCAAGAAGGCGAUUGACGCACGUCGAGCGAGGGGGGACCCCGACAUCAUCAUCCCGCAAGUGAACAUACAGUCAAACCUGGAGUCAAAGUCCAACUCCCUGGACUCCAACAUCGUGCGAGCUGCCCUGCAACGUGGGCAUUUCAGAGUCUACUUCAACGGCAGCGUGUUCUCCGAGAUCACUGGAAACGGAUCUGUGCAUUUGUUUAACUUCGAUGGACAUGUUCAGCUGAAAGUUUUAGGCCUUGGAGUGGAUUCUUACAAGGUCCACGUUGAGAUCAGCGGCCUGUAUUACGAUCCUAUUACUGGAAAGGUUCUGGACUACUUCGUUAACCCAAUCGUUGGCAAGACUCAGAAAGUUGAAAAUUUCUUUUACAGCGCGAUAGCAGAAAUACCAAUGUCUUCAGUGUUCUCGUACCCCCUCCCAGGGAUGGAUCUGCAAACGGUGCUGUUUCACGAAUCUCACAGUGUGGUGUUCCCGGACACUCGACCAGAGGACUGGGCCAUGAAUAUGGUCAGUAUGUUUGUUGAAGAUGCUGAGCUGGAGCAGGAGUCCCCUUAUUUCUAUGGGACGUGGGUUCGGUUCAGCAGCUGGCUGCCCUGGUUCCAGAUGGACAGCAUCCCCGGGGACAUGGUAUGGAGGGUGAACUUCUACAAGACAGAAGAUGACCCCACCGUGUAGGAUAGGCUUAUGGGUAUACCAGGACAAGGUGUGGAGGGUGGAUUUGUACAUGACUAGAUGACCCCAUCGUGUAGGAUAGUUUUGUGGGUACACCAGGAGGUUGUGAAGGGUGUACUUGUACAAGGCUGUAGAUGACACCAUCGUGUAGGAUAGUUUUGUGGGUACACCAGGAGGUUGUGAAGGGUGUACUUGUACAAGGCUGUACAUGACCCCAUCGUGUAGGAUAGUUUUGUGGGUACACCAGGAGGUUGUGAAGGGUGUACUUGUACAAGGCUGUAGAUGACACCAUCGUGUAGGAUAGUUUUGUGGGUACACCAGGAGGUUGUGAAGGGUGUACUUGUACAAGGCUGUAGAUGACACCAUCGUGUAGGAUAGUUUUGUGGGUACACCAGGAGGUUGUGAAGGGUGUACUUGUACAAGGCUGUAGAUGACACCAUCGUGUAGGAUAGUUUUGAGGGUACACCAGGAGGUUGUGAAGGGUGUACUUGUACAAGGCUGUACAUGACCCCAUCGUGUAGGAUAGUUUUGUGGGUACACCAGGAGGUUGUGAAGUGUGUACUUGUACAAGGCUGUAGAUGACAACAUCGUGUAGGAUAGUUUUGUGGGUACCCCAGGACAAGAUGUGGAGGGUGUAUUUGUAUAUGACUAGAUGACCCCAUCGUGUAGGAUAGGCUUAUGGGUACACCAGGAGGUUGUGAAGGGUGUACUUGAACAAGACUGUAGAUGACCCCAUCGUGUAGGAUAGUUUUGUGGGUACACCAGGAGGCUAUGAAGGGUGUACUUGUACAAGACUAGAUGACCCCAUCGUGUAGGAUAGUUUUGUGGGUACACCAGGAAGUUAUGAAGGGUGUACUUGUAUAAGACUAGACGACCCCAUCGUGUAGGAUAGUUUUGUGGGUACACCAGGAAGAGGUUGUGAAGGGUGUACUUGUACAAGACUGUAGAUGACCCCAUCGUGUAGGAUAGUUUUGUGGGUACACCAGGAAAUGGUUGUGAAGGGCUGACUUCUUCAAGGUAGAAGAUGUUCCCACCAUGUUGGACAGACGGGGCAAAAUGUAUGAGUACAAAGGACGCCGUCACUUUCUGACCCUUCACGAGUUCCAUAGGUAUGACGUUUGCCAAUAACACAAACCAGCUGGACAAGUUUUGGAGACGCAGGGUCCAUUCACUAGUCAACUUGAACCCGUCUAUCUCUAAUAUUGUGGGUUGAUAAGCAGGAAUACUGAGGGUGGUGUGAGAUGAGUGACCAUGUUCUUAUAUUCAAAUUAAAUACUAACCACUUUUGGUAUAUUAAUUAAAUCCACCACCUACACAUUCACAUCAGGAAUUGUUCGUAAGUCCAGUUUUUGUACUUCUAUAUAGCCAGAUAUGCACAAAUAAAAACGCAUACACGAUAAUAACAUUGGACAAA